AUGCAGGCAUACGCAGAUGCCGCUAGGGCAGAGUUGAAGCAGGAGCUGAUUGGUGAUGGUCUUGCGGGGCGGCUGUCGCUGAGUACGGACAUCUGGACCAGUGAGAACAACCUUGCUUUUAUGGUUGUCACCGUGCACAGGAUCACUAGUGACUUCCAGCUGCGACAGCACAUCCUGGAUUUUGUGCAGCUGGAGGGGUCACACACUGCGUCGCUGAUAGCGAAGACCCUUGAGGGUAUUCUGGCGGAGUGGGGAUUGACCGAUAUGCUGUUUGCCGUAACGACGGAUAAUGCUGAGAACAACAACAAGGCGAUGCGCAUGCUUGCAGGGGAUCCAGCGGAGGGUGCUGCGGCGAGGAUUGAGUUUCCCUUGUUCGACAAAGAUCGGCACGUGCGGUGCAUUGCACAUGUCAUGAACAUUGCAGUGCAGGCGGCAUUGAAGAAAGAUGAGGUGAAAGAGGCGCUGAAGCGUCUGCGAGCGGUGUGUUCAUUCGUCGGGUGGUCAGUCCAGCGCUCGGAGAACUUUGCACGGCAGCAGCGCAUCUUGAAGCGGCGGGAUGAUGCACCCGUGCUUCGUCUGAUUGGCGACUCGCCGACACGAUGGGGGUCCACGUAUGACAUGAUCGUCCGCGCAUUGGAGCUGCAGCAGGCACUAGCCCUGCUCCUCAUGAGGACAGACGUGAGUAUUGGUGGUGGUGAGUGUGGAGUGACUCUACGCGAACAGCUGGAUGGCCUUCGGCUGACCGACGUGCACUGGGACGCUCUCGUCGAGCUCAAGGAGUUCCUUGAGCCGUUCAACUCCAUCACGAAGGCAGCCGAGGGUUCCUUGUACCCCACGGCUGCUUCAGUCGUGCCGCUGUACAACCAGCUACUCGACAAGCUGGAAAUCUCGUUUCGCAAAGAGGGUGUCACUCCCCUCCGACAGGCUCUCAUCUCUGCAGCCCUCGCCAAGCUGAAGAAGUACAAGUACGGGGAGAAUGAAGAGCUGGUGAUUGCCACCUUUCUUGACCCCCGCUACAAGACCGUCUUCUUCCAGCUGCCGAAAUGGGAGGCGCGCAAUGCUGCGCACGUGACAGGGGUGGGGGGGUGUGCUAGGAGCGUGCAGGAUGUGGAUGAGGGGACGGUGAUACGGCUGGUGCGUGCGCGCUUGGCCGAGUACCAGGCGCGCGUGAGCAGCCGCCGGCAGGCUGGAGAGGUCACGAGCGAUACUGGGGGGGGCACUGGGCCUAGCAGCGUUACUGGUGGGACAUUGGGCACGACGGGUGCUUCUGGGGGUGGGGGAGGGGGCUUUGAGCAUUCCAUCUUUGACGAGAUGGAUGCUCUGGAGGCAGCUGCUUGA